AUGGGGAAACUCCAGGUGGUGGCGCCCCUAGAAGUGUGGGAAGACGAAGAGUACGACGUAUCGGACUGCUUCUUCGCGGCUUGGACGGAUGAAGAGACCGUUCUUGCUACGAGCAAGGAAGUGAACGGUACGGUCGAGGCCAGGACGGUCGAAACCGAAACGGUUGAGGCCAAGGACUCCUCGAAGUACGACCGUUUGUUUACGGACGAAGAACUGGAUGCUAUGGAUGACUGCGAGCCCGGGCAGGAAACGUCUGUUCUCGCUGGAACGGAUGUCGCCGCCGAGCCAGAAGAGUACGACAAAGAGCUUGAGGACCGGUUGUAUCCGCUGGACGAGGUCGAGUUGCUGAAGCGUGUCAAGCAGAACGCUGAAGCUCAGACCGAACCGUCUGCGGAAGAGCUGGCUCGCUUCUUGGGUAUCUCUCUGGAGGUCUUGGAGCGGACGCGCCCAGCCGCCUCCGACUCCUUUGGAACGCCUGAGUACUGGCAAGAUUGGUACGGUGAUAUGCUGGAGAAACUUCCGGACUCCGGUGGCGAAUGUCGUCUAUGGUGA